AUUCCUGAAGCUUUAUUGUUACGUGAUAUUGUAUUUAUAUUUCAAGGAAUCGAUGGGCAAUAUAUUAAAUAUGAUAAAAGUUCGUCUUAUAUCAUCGAUUCGAAGGCCUUUUGUUCUGCUUUACAACGUGAACUGACGGAAUAUUAUAGAUUCAUUGCCGUUCUUGAAGCACAAGUUGCGAAAGUAGCGGAUGGUCAGCAAGUUGAAUCUCAUGGACCUUCAUUGAAACGUUUAUUUGUAUGGACUCAAGAGUCCUUGUUAAAAUUACGGAUGAUGUCCGUAUUGGUGGAGUGUUGCAAGCAAGUACGAGGUGGAGCCUUGGUAUCGACGAUCUAUAAUUACACAAACCAUGGAGAUCCGUUUAUUCAGCAGUUUAUUAAUAAUACGCUUGAAGAGGUUUCUAGACCGUUCUUUGAAAUGCUUCAGCGCUGGAUUUAUGGCGGUGAACUAGAGGAUCCUUUCGAAGAAUUUUUUGUUGCUUGUGAUCCAAAUGUUGAAGAAGAAGAUCUGUGGCAGUCAAAAUAUACUAUUCGACCAGAUAUGCAACCAACUUUCAUUAGUUCUUUACUUGCCAAAAAAGUUUUCACAAAUGCAGGAGCUGAUAAGGGCAAGCGCCUUUCAAAACCUGCGAAUACACUCUAUCGUCAUAAUCUUACUGGUACUUUGGAAGCAGCUAUCCGUGCAUCAAAUGCACAAUAUGAUGACCCUGACAUCCUUCGUCGAUUGGACGUUAGACUCCUUGAGUCGUCUUUUGGGGAAGCUGGUUGGGACGUUUUCAGUUUGGAUUAUCAUGUUGAUUCGCCUAUAAAUACUAUUUUUACGCCACAUGCGAUGCAGCAAUAUCUUCAACUAUUCAAUUUCUUAUGGCGUUUAAAGCGAGUCGAACAUGAUAUGUCGUCCGCUUGGCGCCGUAAUAUGGCUAGCGCAAGAAACUUAUCCCAAAUCGAAG